AUGUCCAAUCCUCUAACAGACGGACACGCUUCGAUCAUGGCUGCUGAACCACCAGCUACAGCACAGCUAGAGGCUCUGCAACACUACGGGAAGCGCGAUGUCUCCAAAGCAUUCUCACCGGCGCCUGAUGAUACUGUCGCAAAUUUGUUCAAGUGUUUUGCCACCGAUGGGCACUUGAUUGUGAACUACAGGUAUACUGUUACUCCUCAGCAGCCUAGACCGUUCUAA